CACACUUCUUCCAUAUACUUGUCACACUAAGUGCGAUCAUUCGAAGCUCAUCCACCGGUGAGUACGUGUUAUUUUGCUGGUCAUAAAGGUGAUCAUCUUCGAUACUGUCGCCGGUUUUCUUUCAGUUCCGAAAACAAUGGGAGACAUGAUCAAUAUCGUUUACAAGAACGAAAGCGAGCCGAUUGAAGCUAGAGUGAAAGAUCUUCUCUCUCGUAUGACUCUCAAAGAGAAGCUUGGUCAGAUGACUCAGAUCGAACGCAGCGUUGCCACACCCGAAGUCAUCAGAAAUCUCUGUAUAGGAAGUGUACUGAGUGGUGGAGGAAGCAAGCCGUUUGACAAGGCGACGUCAGCGGAUUGGGCGGAUAUGGUGGACGGACUCCAAAAGGGCGCGCUAGAAUCUAGACUUGGCAUUCCGAUCUUCUAUGGCAGUGAUGCUGUUCACGGCAAUAACAAUGUUUACGGCACAACUAUUUUCCCUCACAAUGUUGGCCUUGGAGCUACCAGAGAUCCAGAUUUAGUCGAGAGGAUAGGUGCUGCUACUGCCCUAGAAACUAGAGCUAGUGGUGUUCAAUAUGCUUUUGCUCCUUGUGUUGCUGUAUGCAAAGAUCCUAGAUGGGGAAGAUGCUAUGAAAGCUAUAGCGAAGACACCCAAUUAGUUAGAAAGAUGACUUCAUUGGUAACAGGCUUGCAGGGGAAGCCUCCCCAAGAUCACCCAAAUGGAUACCCUUAUGUAGCUGGACGGAACAAUGUCAUGGCAUGUGCAAAGCAUUAUGUUGGAGAUGGAGGUACCGACAAAGGGAAAAAUGAAGGCAAUACGAUUAUCGCAUAUGAGGAUUUGGAAAAGAUUCACAUGUUACCUUAUCCAGAUUGUAUUUCAAAAGGUGUCUGCACUGUUAUGGCAUCCUACUCUAGUUGGAACGGAACCAAAUUGCACGCUCAUCGUUAUCUCCUAACAGAUAUUCUGAAAGAGAAGAUGGGAUUUAAGGGAAUUGUGAUUUCAGAUUGGGAAGCACUUGACCGGUUCUCCGAUCCUCAUGGAUCAAACUACAGAAGUGCUGUUUUAUCUGCUGUUAACGCAGGAAUUGAUAUGGUGAUGGUUCCAUUCAGAUAUCAAUUGUUUUUGGAGGAUUUAGAAUAUUUGGUAGAAUCAGGAGAGGUACCCAUGACAAGGAUCGAUGAUGCUGUUGAAAGGAUCCUGAGAGUCAAAUUUGCUGCCAAACUUUUUGAAUAUCCCACGACUGAUAGAUCUUUGCUGGACAUUGUUGGCAGCAAGCCACAUAGAGAAUUAGCACGUGAAGCCGUUCGCAAGUCAUUGGUUCUGUUGAAAAAUGGGAAGGAUCCAAAGAAACCAUUUCUACCAUUAGAUAGAAAUGCAAAAAGGGUUCUUGUUGCUGGAAAACAUGCCGAUGAUCUGGGUUACCAAUGUGGAGGUUGGACGGCCACAUGGGAAGGAACCAGUGGAAGAAUCACAAUCGGGACAACAAUUCUCGAUGCUGUUAGAGAAGCAAUCGGUGAAAAUGCCGAAGUAGUAUAUGAAGAAAAUCCGACAACCGAGAGCCUUUCAGGACAAGAUUUCUCAUAUGCAAUUGUAGCCGUUGGUGAAGCUCCAUAUGUUGAAUCAGGCGGUGAUAAUUCAGAGCUCACCAUUCCCUUUAAAGGAGAUGAAUUACUGAAGCUGGUUGCAGCCAAAAUCCCGACUCUAGCCAUUCUGAUCUCCGGUAGGCCGUUGCUUUUAGAGCCAUCGCUUCUAGAAACAUUGGAUGCACUAGUUGCUGCCUGGUUGCCGGGCACCGAAGGAAACGGGAUAACUGAUGUUGUUUUUGGAGACUACGAGUUCCAUGGACGGCUUCCGUUUUCAUGGUUUAAAUCGGUUGAUCAACUGCCGAUGGAUGCUUAUCAAACUGCGUACGAUCCUCUAUUCCCACUCGGGUACGGUCUAACCUCUAAAGUUCAACCAUAAAUUUGUUAACCAAUAAGCUUAUUAAGUAGCGUUGUUUGUAAUUUUCUUCCUUCCGAUCCUAAUCUGCGUGAGAUUUACUGGUUUCAUUUUGGAUCAUUUAUCACUGGUGUAUGUAAAAACGUGCUUUUCUCUUUUC